AUUUGAAAUGCCACAAGACGGACCCUGCACUGGAGGCCAUUCGAACAACAGCCGGGGCCAAGAAGAAACUCUUGCUGUUCAAGCAAUUUCCGGACUACUAUCAAAUCACGUCAGCUAAACAUCGUCAGUUUUUAGACGAAUGUGAGCACAGCUGUGACGUGACCACCGACGAGAAGAGGUUCCGAGAGGCCGACGCCGUGAUCUUCUACUCACACUAUAAGCAUGCCAAGGACCUGGCCGUCGUGCCCGAGAAGCGACCAGAUCAGAAGUGGGGAUUUUUCGCCGUCGAGCCCCCGCCGCUGUCCGACAACGAGGCGUUCGGCGCAGAGCACUGGAAAGGCCGAUUCGACUGGACGGUUUCCUACAGGCUGGACGGCGACUUCUGGCACGGGUACGUCAGGAGUGAACGGAAGCGGAACACGACGACGGAGGAGAAGAAGCUGAAAGACGUUCAGAUGUGGAAGGAGAAGUUCGCCAACAAGACCAAGAUGGUGGCGUGGUUCGUGAGCCACUGCAACAUCCAGAGCCGCAGGGAAGAGUACGCCGCCGAGCUGUCCAAAUACAUCCAGGUGGACGUCUACGGGAAAUGCGGGAAGCUCAAGUGCGAGGACCGGGGGAAAUGCGCGCGCAUGCUGGACACGGAGUACAAGUUUUAUCUGUCGUUUGAGAACUCCUUCUGCGUCGAUUACGUCACGGAGAAGCUUCUGAACAUUUUGGAAAAGAACACGUUGAUACCCGUGGUGAGGGGAGGGGCGGAUUACAAGAAACUUUUCCCGCCCAAUUCCGUCAUCGACACAAAAGAUUUCUCGUCACCGAAAGAUUUGGCCAAGUAUCUGACAGAGCUGGCCAACAACGAGGUAGGUUAGCUGAUGAAUCUGAUCAUUUGCGCAUUAAUUUUUUUAGCCAAUAACUUUAACUUAAAACGAUUCAAUUCAAUGAAGUUAAGUUUAGGACACAGUAUAUGGAGCAUGUUAGCCUCAAACAAAAUGUCCGUAGUCUUGUUCAUGCAGCAACAUACGGCAAUGAGUGGUUCUUGGUUCUUCGGAGAGUUAAUGAAAGGACAUAUGAAAUGAAGUGAAUCGUGAUUGGAAGUUUUUUAUUUGUUAUUUAGUGAAAUUUUAUUGAACCUAAUAUUUAAUGUAAGAUGAUUUUGCAAAUAAUGUGCUUGGUCUGAGAUCAGGAUUUGCUCUAAGGCAGUGAAUUAGCCAACACAAACAACCCAGUUAUUUCUAUGUAAAUGGUAUCUUUAGGAGUCUAAGUAGUAAAUAGUCCACAAUGAACGGGCACCGUUUUAACCAUUUCCCAACCUACUUUCAGGAAGAAUAUGUGAAAAAACUUCAGUGGUCCUGGGACUACGACGUGCUCGGGUACAAGUUGCCGCUGUGCGCUAUAUGCAGGGAGCUGCACACACCGCGCCCCCUGGCGUGUGUUUACGACAAUGUGACCAACUGGUGGUUCAAUGGCACGUGCUACCCGCCUCGUGACCUCACGUUCAACGUAUAGAUGACCUUGCUUUCGGCGUACAGAUGACCUCGCGUUCCACGCAUAGAUGACCUGGCACGUUGAACGUGGAGAUAGCGUGCACUCAAUCCGUGGAUUUCAGUCGAGGCCGCAGACGACAUUGCAUUCCAUGUAUUGGUGACCC